UAGAGCUAUUCAUCCCCAUCUUGUUCUUUCCUGUUUGUCCCCACAUUAUUCACUCUUUCCGGCAAAUUAUGGUGAAUUCUGUGAGCAAUGAAGGUGGGAGUGUCUCUGUUCGGUUUCAGAGUGUCGUCGGCAUUUUGCUUAUGCUACUUUCGCUCGGAAUCAUUCUGGCAAUGGAUAAAAUUUUGGAACUUGCUUUUUUAGCCGCAGCUAUCAAGUUUCCAAGUGCUAUUUUUGGGAUGUUCUGUGUGUUUUCCAUUCUUAUGAUUCUUGAUUCUUUAGUCCCUUCUGCUGCAACAAGUUUGAUGAACUUCUUUGAGCCAGGAAAUAUGUUUAUUCAGAGGUGGUUUCCAGUGUUUUAUGUUCCUGUUUUGGUGGUUUUGCCUCUGUCUGUGAAAGAUAUCCCUUUGGCUUCAGGUGUCAAGAUAUGUUUCAUCAUAGUUGUGGGUUGGCUGGCUACACUUUCUGUUGCUGGUUGCUCAGCAAUAGCUGUAAGAAAGAUUGUAAAGACAGAAAUGAUAGCUGCCGAACCUAUGCCAAAACCUUCCCCAUUCUCAAAAUUUGAAGUGUGGACUUGGACUGGAAUUUUCCUUGUAUCAUUUAUUUCGGCAUUGCUAUAUCCAACAGCACUUGGGACAAAUGCAAGAACAUGCCUGCCUUUCCUACUUGCAGUUACUGUGUUAGGUUACAUGGUUGGUUCUAGGUUGCCCUCUGAUAUCAAGAUGGCAUUCCACCCAAUAAUUUGUUGUGCACUAUCAGCAGAUUUGGCAGCACUAGCUUUUGGGUAUUUAUCAAAGUCUGGAGUGGAUGCUAUUCUAGGAUAUUAUCUCACGAAAGUAUCAUCAAACCCUGGAGCUGGUGACAUUCUGAUGGGAUUUUUGGGAUCUGUUAUUAUUUCUUUUGCCUUCUCAAUGUUCAAACAGAGAAAGCUUGUCAAGAGGCAUGCAACAGAGAUUUUCUCAUCUGUGAUCAUCUCCACAGUAUUCUCAUUGUAUUCAACUGCACUCAUUGGCCGUCUUGUUGGCCUGGAACCUGCUUUGACGGUAUCAAUUUUGCCAAGAUGUAUAACAGUUGCAUUAGCCCUCAGCAUUGUCUCCUUUUUCGAAGGUGCCAAUCCAUCUCUCACAGCUGCUGCAGUUGUACUAUCUGGUCUUGUCGGUGCAAAUUUUGUACAAACGGUGCUUGACAAACUUCGUUUGAAUGACCCUAUAGCUCGAGGAAUAGCAACAGCAUCUAGUGCUCAUGGAUUGGGAACUGCAGCAUUAUCAGCAAAGGAGCCUGAAGCACUCCCUUUUUGCGCAAUUGCUUAUGCUCUAACUGGUAUCUUUGGCUCAUUAAUUUGUUCAGUUCCAGCAGUCAGGCAAUCUCUGCUUCUGAUAGUCGGAUAAAAUUAUUUGCUAGUUUCACAUAAUUAUUCAUGGGGAAUCAUCAAUAUGGAGUAUUCUUCCCUGUGAAAUAGUAUUUCAGAUUUUGGGGAAGAAGUUUCUAUUUUGGCUUCUGAAAGAAGCCUAUCCUAUCCACUAACUGUACAGUAUCUGUAUUUUGG